UCCAAUAUGGGUAGGGCUCCAUGUUGUGACAAGGCAAACGUGAAGAAAGGACCUUGGUCUCCUGAGGAAGAUAAUAAGCUUAAGGAUUACAUAGAAAAGUAUGGGAUUGGUGGCAAUUGGAUUUCCCUCCCACAGAAGGCCGGGCUAAAGAGAUGUGGGAAGAGUUGCAGGUUGAGAUGGCUAAAUUAUCUGAGACCGAACAUAAAGCAUGGUAACUUCUCUGAUGAUGAAGAUAGGAUCAUAUGCAGCCUCUUUGCUUCUAUUGGAAGCAGAUGGUCCAUAAUAGCUUCACAUCUACCUGGAAGGACAGAUAAUGACAUUAAAAAUUACUGGAACACAAAACUCAAGAAGAAGCUGUUUGGAAUCUCCCCAACUCAAAGGAAAUCAAGCCAUCAGUUAAAGCAGCAGAAUCAACAAUUACAACCAACUCUUGAUCAUAAUAUCCUCCAUUCUUCUUCUACUACUUCAUUACUCUCCCAUCACCAAUAUUUUCCAUCUAAGUUUUAUAACACCAGUUCUUCGUCCCCCUUAGCUGAAAUGUGGCUAUCACACCAUCAUCAGACCGAGUUAAAUAGCAGCAAGCUUCUCAUUUUCGGGGGAGACCAACUGAACGGCAGCUUUUCUGAAAUAUGCUUUGGAAGACCAACAAUGGAGUUUGAGACAGAGAACUAUUUUCUCUUUAACAAAAUAGGAGAUCAGAAGCUUCUCCUUGGUGGAAAUUUAGGAGAAGCAGAGGCUCCAUUAAUUAAUUAUGGUUAUGAAGAGAUUAAACAGGUCAUUAGUCCCAAAAAUCUCAACUUUGAUGACCCAAAAAGAGCAAGUGAGGCCAUUGGGAACAGCUUUAAGACCCAAGAAAGUGUCAUGUACUACUGCUGA